UUUCAAACUCAGCUGAUCCAAAAUCCUUUUAUUAAAUCUUUGGUAAACGUUACUGCAAGGUGUUUAAAAGUUGUAUUACUGUCUUCUUUAUCUAAUACACCCACACUUUGGUAAAUUUCUGCAUUUCUAAACGUGCUUGACGAUGAACUACACUCUGCAACUGCACGGAGAAAGAUUCCUGUACCAGAUGCCUCCGGGCCUGUACGAGCUGAUGAGCGAUAUAUCCCGGGAAGUCUUGCGGGACCAGCCGACAUUCCUGUACCAGUACAUCGCCCACUACCUGGACACUUUGGUCAAGGUACGAGAUUACGCCCAGACGGCGGAGGAUGUCGUGUCCAGCACUUUAGACGAGAACCUGGAGUUGCUGGCGUAUGUUGAUUCUCUAGGAACUACCUGGGACACUGCCAAUUCGGCGGCAACAAAGAUUCAAAACGCCGCAAGGAGAUAUCGUAGCAAGAAAGAGCUGAAGUUGAAGUUAGAAAACCAGAAGGAGAAGAAAGCAGCUGCUGAGUUCUACUUACAGUCGCAAGCCUUCCAAGACUACAUGGAAACACUAAAUUUGGACUUGGAUGACUCCAGCAGGGCGUCAUCUCUUCUGUUAAAUGCUUAUAAGGAAUUUAAUGCUGAAAAAGAAGAGGUAGAAGAAGAAAGGAGUGAAGCUUCUGUUCAUACUAUAGAAGCAAUCUUACCAAGAGUAUCUGAAGAAGUAAAGAAAGAACCUCGAAAAAGAGACUCUAAAAUGUUGGUCUACCAACAGACACCAAAACAUUCUGUUGAGUCCACUUGGUCCACUUUGGCGAGGAAGAUUGCUGAAGAGGAAGGUAAAUGGAAACCUAAUGAAGUCCGACCAUAUGCGCUAGUUUAUGAAGGAGAUAUAAGUGUGGCCAGUAAAGACCAACCAGCACACACCGUCACCAAGUGCUUGCCAGGCUACCAAGACAAGGACGAACCCAAAGUACCAAUGAUUGCGGAGACUGGUGAGUUAUCAGAUGAUAAAGACAUCGUUACCUUAUUGUCAUUUGACAGCGUGGAUCAGAGUUACUUUAAAGAAACCGGCAUACAUGUAGAUACAUCUUUUUCAAACCUAUCCUUGCCUUCAUUACCUCCGGAGAAGUCAAAAGAACUCUUUGAUCUCUUGGAAAAACGAUACUCUGAAGUUUCAAAACUCAUUACACCAAGUCCAUCUCUUAUGAAAGACGAAAAACUAAUUAAAAGCCAGCCUGUGGUAGAAGAUCGAGGUUCAAGUUCCAGCAUUAAGAGAGGUUCAAAGAGUUCCGUAAAGUCCCCGUCGGAGCAGAUCAGAGCUACUGAGGAAGGUCGUGGUUCACGUUCCAGCACCAAGAGGGAAUCAAAGAGUUCGGCUAAGUCUGGACCUGAACAAAUUAAAGCUUCUGAUGAAAGUCCUGAUCCACGUUCCAGUAGCAACAGAGGAUCAAAGAGUUCCGCAAAGUCAGGGUCGGAACAGAUUAGAGCUUCUAAGGAAAGUCAUGGUUCACGUUCCAGCAUCAAAAAGAGUUCAAAGUCAUCUGGAAUGGCCGAACCUGUACACGACCAAGCUCCUGAAGAAGUUCGUGGUUCACGAACAAGCACCGAAAGAAGAUCCAAAACGUCUGCUAAGAUCGAAUCAGAAGAAGUCAAAUAUACUGACGAAGGACAUGGUUUAAGAUCCAGUGCCACAAAGGAAACCGAAUCUAAAUAACUGGAAAACAAAGCAGGAAUACUAUUCUAGGAACAUUUUUCUACAAAAUCGAUAAAUACUAUAAUUCUCCUAACUUCUGAUCUUCAAAAUUGAAUGUAGAUACAAUACUGAAGUGUAAGACAUUUUAAAGUGACAUUAUAUACACAUACGUUUAUGUUUUGAAUGAGAAUCAUAUUGUUUAUUGCUAUAUUUCACAUUUAUAUAUUUGUUUGUUUCAUAAAAUUUAAGGAAUAUUGAAUAAAUUCCGUGGUAAUUUUUUCA